AUGUCAUUGAACGCUAGCAACAGUAGUAAUUUUGGUGCUGCUUCGACAAGUAUUGAUAUAACAGUGCUACAAUCUGUGGGGUUGACAUAUAUAGAAAAAUUAUGGGCACAAUGGUAUUUGUACUGGCAAAAUGAUGUAUUAGCUACAGGUCUUUUAUUCUUUCUUGUUCAUGAGCUUAUGUACUUUAGCAGAUGCCUUCCAUGGUUCAUUAUUGACCAGAUUCCUUAUUUCAACAAAUACAAAAUCCAACCAAACAAGAUUCCCUCGAAUCAAGAACAAUGGGAAUGCUUUAAAUCUGUGUUGAAAUCACAUUUUCUAGUUGAAGCCUUACCAAUUUGGGCAUUCCACCCUAUAUGUGCAACGCUCAACAUUACUUAUGGUGUUCCUUUUCCUAGUUGGAAAAUCCAGUUUGCUCAAAUCACAUUCUUUUUCAUUUGCGAAGAUCUUUGGCAUUACUCAUUUCACAGACUAUUCCAUUGGGGGUGGUUCUACAAGAAUAUCCACAAGGUCCACCACAAAUAUGCAGCACCUUUUGGAUUAGCAGCCGAGUAUGCGCACCCAGCCGAAGUCAUGGCAUUGGGUGUUGGAACGGUGGGAUUCCCAAUCUUGUACGCGUUUUUGGCCACAAAAUACGAGACAUUGCCACCAAUUCACUUAUUUACAAUCACUUGCUGGAUUGUCUUGAGGUUAUUCCAAGCAGUCGACUCACAUUCGGGUUACGAUUUCCCAUGGAGCUUGAACAAAUUUUUCCCACUAUGGGCUGGUGCCGAGCACCACGAUGACCACCACCAUUACUUUAUUGGCAACUAUGCCAGUUCCUUUAGAGUAUGGGAUUGGCUAUUAAGCACAGAGUGUGGGGAUUUGGCCAGAGGCAAGAGAGUUAAAAUUGCCCAUGAAAAGAGUGAAAAACAGUAUAAAAAGAGUAUGUAG